AUGUCCUCCUACUUCCCCGCCCCCGACGCAGACGAUGAUCCUCUUACGAAUGCAGCCGAUGAGGUGGACAUGGACUCGCGCACGCGGCUUGACAAGACCAUCGACAAAAUUGGAAUGGGUAGUUACCAGUGGACGUUGUUAUGUCUUUGUGGCUUCGGCUGGAUGGCGGACAACAUGUGGCUCCAGGCUGUUGCUAUUAUUCUGCCACGCGUCCAGCAGCACUACUCUGUUCCAGACAGCCAAAUAGGCAUCCUUUCAUCGUCCAUGUUUGCUGGGAUGAUGAUAGGUGCCGUUGGCUGGGGCACAGGUUCUGACUUGCUCGGUAGAAGUACGGCGUUCAAUGCGACGCUUUUCUUCACUGCCCUCUUCGGCAUUCUCUCCUCCUUCGCCUACUCUUUCCCCUCGCUUUGUCUCCUGCUGUUCUUACUAGGCAGCGCGGUCGGGGGCUCUAUGCCGACCGACGGCACGCUUCUUCUCGAACACAUGCCGCAGCACAAGCUUUACCUCGUCACUGCCCUGUCCUUCUUCUUCUCUUUGGGCUCGGUAUUAGCGGCAGUCGUUGCCCUAAUACUCGUCCCAUCCAAUUCAUGCAUAUCGACCACGGUUUGCGACCCUGCUCUCAACAAUGGAUGGAGGCACCUUCUGACCGCACUGGGCGUCAUUACACUUGCAAUGUUCCUAGCUCGUAUCGUCUUCUUCCGUCUGCACGAAUCUCCGCGCUACCUUGUUCACGCGGGUCGUCCAGAGCAAGCACUCGAAACACUUCAACUUAUCGCCCGCUUCAACGGCUCGUCAACACUUGCUGGCGAGCUCAAGUUGGCCGACGUUGACGAUACUGCGGUCGUUAUUGACGACGGGGUUCCCGAUGGUUACGAGUCCAUAGCUAGCGAUCCCGCAGAGCCCAGGAGUAAAGAGACGCGCUACUUCGCAUCUUGGGCUCAGAGGUGGUUAGCUCGCUUCCGCAUGGUGCUCAUUCCGCAAUGGAGGCGGACGACGCUGCUGGUUUGGGGUGCUUGGUGUGGGAUGGCACUUGCAUACACGAUGUUCAACGUUUUCCUCCCGAAACUGCUUGAAUCAGAUGGUGGCGGAGACAAAUCCAUCUCGGACAGUUUAUGGGAUGUGCUUGUCUUUACACUCGGAGGGUGUCCCGGUGCUUUGCUUGGGGCACGUCUUAUUCUGACCCCGCUAGGUCGACGUUGGUCCCUCGCCAGCAGCACCCUCGUCACCGCUGGCUUCUGCAUCUUGUUUAUUUUUGCGCAAAGUGCAGGUAGCGUUUGGGCCACACGUAUUAGUGCCAUUGGAAUCGGGCUAGCCAGUACGACAAUGUGGGCUGUACUUUAUGGCUGGACACCAGAGAUAUUCGCGACCCAAGUACGAGGCACGGCUUGCGGAAUCGCAUCGGCCCUCUCUCGCGUUGGCGGCAUCAUCGCGCCUCUCAUUGGCGGUUUGCUCCUCUUGUUCAGCCGGGCCGCGCCGGUUUAUGCGAGUAUGCUAGUGUUUGUGAUCGCCGCAGUCUGUGUACUUGGUCUAGCAGAAGAUGAAGGAGAGGGCGGCAAGGCGAAAGGAGGACACACGCGCGGGGCAGGGCUGAUGCAUUGA